AACGCAGAACUGGACGGUGGCGGCGGGAACGCCAUUGUUGGACAAAUGCGUCUCUCUCUCUCUCUCUCUAUAUAUAUAUGUGUGUGUGUGUAUGUAUAUAUAGCUGCCGCUGGCUCACAGAAAAAUCCCCGGCAUCGUCUGAUCUUUCUGGAGGAAUCUUGCUCUGUGGGAUUUCUCAGAGAAGGGAAAAAAGCAAAGAAUCUCUCUCUCUCUCUCUCGGGAAGUCUGACGAUUUCUAUGGCAGAAGUUGCGCGAAUUUCGACGACAUCGCUUCAGGCCCUUAGCGUCUCGUCCUUCCCCGUCUCCUUCGCCAACGCUCUCAACUCUCUUCAACCUUCUUUGCCUCUCAAUCUGAAUUCCGACAAGAGAUCGCGUCUUCUCUCCUCCUCUGCGUCAUCUUCAUCGUCUUCUCUUUCCUCCUUUGGUCUUGGAAGUUGUGUCUUUUCCCGACCCAGGAACCAUCUUCACCGCUUCAAGGUGAAUGCAGCUAUAGCCGAGAAAGAGCAACCGAAAUGGUGGGAGAGAAAUGCAGGACCAAACAUGAUUGACAUUCAUUCCACAGAAGAAUUCUUGAGGGCUUUAAGCCAAGCAGGCGAUAGAUUAGUCAUUGUAGAGUUUUACGGGACAUGGUGUGCUUCUUGCCGAGCAUUAUUCCCUAAGCUUUGCAGGACAGCCAAGGAGCGUCCAGAUGUUUUGUUCCUUAAAGUCAAUUUCGACGAGAACAAGCCGAUGUGCAAAAGUUUGAUGGUGAAGGUCCUUCCUCGUUUCCACUUCUACCGUGGAGCCGAUGGUCAGCUUGAAUCCUUCUCCUGCUCUCUUGCUAAGUUUCAGAAAAUAAAAGAUGCCAUCGAACUGCACAGCACUGAACGUUGCAGCAUUGCCCCGGCAGACCGAACUGGAGGGUUAACUCUUGAAUCUUUGUCUGCACAAUCCAACUCACCCAAACCGGCUUGAUCUUAGUUUAAGUGAUUGUCUUUUUGAUUCUUCAAAACACUCUGUAAUCUGUAUAUCUUCUUCUUCUUCCUUUUGGCGUGGAGUUCAUUUUUGGAGCUUGUCAUGAUUCUUUAGCUCCUUUCUUGUUCCGAGAGGAUAUGUAUAUGACACUCCAUAGCUCAAAAAUAAGUAAACGAGAAGAUCAUAAAAAUGAGAUUGACAAAUACUUUAUAUAAAUCAUGAUCAAACCAUUUGAGUU